AUGGACACUAGAACAUCUUCUACUGCCAUUGAAGAUAAAAGUGGCAAUAAUAGAAAAGAUCCGACUUGGAAGUAUGUGCAUUUAUUAAAGCCACCAAAUACCAAUGAUCUUGUUUGUAACUUUUGUAAUAAAGUUACAAAGGGAGAGAUUUACCGAGCUAAGCAACACUUGGCUGGGCGACAUCACAAUGUCACCAUGUGCAAAAGAUGUCCAACACAUGUACGUGAAGAAAUACAAGACUAUAUGCUAAAAAAGGUUACAGCAAAGGACUUUGAUAAAACUUCUUUUCCUGAUUUUGAAGAUGUUGAGAGGAUGGGUGAUGAUGAAGACGAAGAUGAAAUUGGUGCAAACAUAGAAGUCCCAUAG